CCGUCUUGCCCGCACCCAACAUGGCGGAUAGGCAAGCCUCAGCCGGCGCACUGCCCCACUUCCGGCUCAAGCCGUGACCCACUUCCUGCCCAUGCCAUGCCCUACUUCCGGUUUUGUUGCGCCCCGCUUCCGCCGCGUCCGGCAUGGGCGGCCCGGGGUGAUGCGGGGAGCGGACGGGACCCAAGAGCCGGCCGGAUCGAGCCUGCACUCCUUUACGUUCAGGGUUGCCCCCGCCGCCUGCCCCUGGGGCUGCGUGCUCGGGCCUGACGGUUGGAGCGACGCGUCCGUCUGUCCCUUGCACCGUCCACCGGACGCCGCCGACACCGAGCACAGCCUGUGGCAGGUGCGUGGGGAUCUUAGGAGGGGCAGCGGUUGCUCCGAUCUGGUCCCACCGCUUCAGCUCCGGGUGACGCCGCAGGUCGCCUCCAGCGUGGUGAACCAAAGCGCUAUGGGAGAAGUGUCCGGGACCUGCGAUGUCUUGCACCAUGACCUGGACUUCGGGAGCCACCAAAACUUUUUCAAGGAGUACAAUGAAGAAGAGGAGUACGAGGAGGAUGAAAAUGAGGAUGAAGUGGAUGCAAACGGCCACUGGUUGCACUUCGAAGAGCCCUGCUGGUUCGAGGAUGACAUACCCUUAAUCCCCUACCAAUGCGUCCAUAGUCAUUUCCAGUACAAUUACUGGUUGAAUACUUUCGGGGACUGCGAUCUUCCCAAGUCUAUCUCCUUCCUCCCCUCCAGCCUGCUGGAGGAUAAGAUGGGAUGGCUGCCUGCCCCCCGAGGGCACCAGCUGACAGCCGAGGAAGCAGAAAGGAAUGCACGGGAGUUGGUGGCAGAGGAGGAGCGUGUAAAGAGGAAGGCGGAGAAGAAGAGGCUGAAGAAGAAGAAGCAGAAAGACCGGAAGAAACGGGAGAAAUUGGAGCAAGAGCGGAAGAACGCGCAGGAGGCUGAGAAGAGCACCACAGCUGCAGGUGCUGAACACCCUCAAACCAGCAGUGCUGAAAAAGGGAGGGAGUGUCCAGGCCCUGACUCUUCCUCAGUCUCCAAAGGCUCCUUGGGUGAGGAGGAUGGAGGCCUGAGAACCAGAGUAGAGGAGCUGGAGGAUGAGCUGGACCUGAGCUGCUCCUUCGUCUCCAAAGCCUGUGAGAAAGCAGGCGUCAGGCUGCCAGUGCCCAGCAAAGAGAAGCCAGACAGCAUCAAGAUGAGCAGGAAAGCGCCAGGGAAGGCACCCCAGCCCAUUGGGGCUUGCCCGCCUGCUGCACAGGAGCCCCCGGACGCAAGCAUGGUGGAGCAGAGCCUGGUUCUUGCAGGCCGUGGCAAUGAGGCUGCUCAGCAGGGCCGGUAUGCCGAGGCAGUGCAGGCCUUCACCAAGGCCUUGAGGCUGAACCCCCAGGAGCACCGGCUCUUUGGGAACCGUUCAUACUGCUAUGAGAAGCUCCAGCGCUACGAGGAAGCCCUCAAAGAUGCACAGGAGUCACUGCGGCUCCAGCCCGGGUGGCCCAAAGGCUUCUUCCGCAAGGCAAAAGCACUUCAGGGGCUGCAGCGCUACGCUGAGGCUGCCCACACCUUCGAGAAGCUGCUGCACCAAAAUGGUGCAAACGCCGAAGUGGCCCCUCAGCUUGAGGCCUGCCGGGCCCUACUGCAGCAGGUCAGCCACCAGAGCAGCCCAGGAGGGAUUCCCAUGUCCCUGUCACCGCUGGAGGCCACAGAGCUACCAUUGUCUGUCUCUAGGGAGGGGGCAAGUAGGAGUUGCCAGAAGACAGACACAAGCACCUUCAUCACCACCAUGAGCUCCAAGAACCAGGCAAGGAGCCAGGGCCAGCCUGCAACCAGGAGCCCCAGUAACACCAGUAACUUCCCAACGCUGCCUCGUGGCCAUCCUGCAAGGGAUUGUUACCCACUCUGGGUGGGCAAUAUCGCCCAUGGGAUCAGCAAGCAGAUACUGCAGCAUGCCUUUGGCCGUUUUGGGGAGAUUCACUCAAUCCGGGUGCUGUCGGAGCGCCGCUGUGCCUUCAUCAACUACACACGGAAAAAGGCAGCAGAAGCAGCAUAUGCAGCCAUGAAGGAGGCUGAACUGGAGGGCAGCAGGCUGGUGCUGCAGCUCAAGCAUCCAUCCCAUGCCACCCCCUCUCCUUGGCAGCACCCAGGGAGGCCACAGUAGCCAAAGAUGGGGUUCUCCUCUGCUCACAGCUGCAGAGCUGGACCCCUCCCCAGCUCGGGGGGCUGCCUUUGCCCUGCCUGUGCCUUUUCCCUCUGCAGGCAGUGGGACCUUUCCCUCUUUCUGUGGGUCAGGCUUCCCCCAGAGCCUUUUGGGGUGGCUCCCAGCAGGGUCUCGAGUCCCUGAAAGGGACAAGGUGAGGCUAUACUACUGGGGGACAUGGAGACUGGAGGCCCCAGUGGGUGUGCACCCUGUGGCUCGCAGUGCCAGAGAGAGGGCUGGCCCGGGGGGUUAUUCCCCAGUCCUUUGGGGAUUUGUACAUGUUUGGGGUUUUGUAAUAAAUAUGAGAACGAGCACAGA